GCUCUUCGCUUCCUGCCUGGCGGAGGGAGGGGUCGGUGCUGACGGCUGGGAGGACGAGCUGAACGUUAAGAAAGCCUUGGGAAAGCGAUAAGAAACGAGGGGAAAGGGCCCGAGGUUUUUACCUUCCAUCGGGAGAACUUAUCGCUCUGAUUAGCACCCGAAGCAAGUGCAAUGUCGUCCAGUCGUCAGCUUAGUGAGAGCAGGGCCAUCCCGACCAGGACGGUGCUGAUCAACGACUCAACGCAGCUACCUCACGACUAUUGCACCACUCCUGGAGGCACUUUAUUCUCCACCACCCCGGGAGGAACCCGAAUAAUCUAUGAUCGCAAGUUCCUGUUAGACCGGCGUAACUCACCCAUCGCCCAGACCCCACCAGCACACCUGCCGGUUAUCCCAGGAGUGACAAGCAAGAACGUCCUGAAUGAAAACAAGAGGAAUGAGGCUAACAACAUCAACAACCAUGAUGCCAAGCCGGGGCAAGGUGAAGAUGCUCAGUUUGAGAUGGACAUCUAAAGAAGAGGAACCAACGUGAAGAACGAUUAAUGACCUGGUACCUGUGUGCCAGUGGCUUGGCUUGUAGAAACCAAUGUUGUGAGCCCUCUCCUUUAGCUCUCUCUAGCUGCUGGGUGCUGCAUAAUCAUGGGGAUAAAUGACUAAAAGUUUGCCCAGUGGGGCUGCUGGAGCCCUGAAAGUUAACCUGGGAGCCCGUUGAGCUCUUUUUGUUUAGGUUUCAGGGCAGCCAUCAGCUAUACUUGCUUAAGUCACAGAGCAAGGGAAAAAUUCUGUAUUGUAAGUGCCCGGAUAUGUUACCAAUUUUCCCGUAAUAGACCCAUAAACAAAUCAGCCAUCAGAGAUUCACUGCUGAUAGAUCAGAGUACACUGUUCCAGUUGAUACCCUUAAUGCAGUCUGCUUGGUUCACAUGUAAACUGAUUUGCACUCAAGUCAGGAAAUGCAGUCAUCUGUAUGUACAUGUCCUCCCCAAUGCAAGAUGUUUUUUUUCCCCCAUCCUAAACAAUUACUGCAUUUUAUUUUCUAGUUUUAUUAAAAAGGGACAGCAGGAUUAUCAACAUAAUUUUGAUUUUUAAAAAAAAUAAUAAAAGGAUUCCGUAUUCAUUCCAAGUCUUAUAUCAGUUAAAACAGGGUUUUUUUGUAGGUUAGUGUUGUUUUGUUUGUUUUUUUUCAGGUAUAUAGUUGUCUCAGAUAUAAAAUAGUUUUAUAAAAUUGUUCAAAAACAAACCACAGACCUUAAUUCCUCAGUUGAAUUUAUUUUGGAUUACGAUGCAAAACAAAUUUUAUAGUUUUAUUUAAAACUACCCCAGAAGUUCAGUCCGUAGUCUUCUAAUUUCCUUUCCUCUCCUCAUUUUAAUUGGUUAAUUUUAAGUAAUAACAUCUGAUUGCAAUUUUUGAAAGACCGAACUGUUGCUUAAGGUCAGAAAGAAUGUUUCCGUUCAGAUUCGUCCUGCUAACAGUUGUCCUUCGCAUGACGAGACACUUGAAAUGUCAACAUCAGCUAUUAAUUCACACCGUCUGGUUAAAUGUAGACAAUACCAAGUACUGUUGGACCGAUCAAGGGUUUAAUACACUUUAUGAAACUAUGACAAAAAGAGAGCUGGUCUCAGGAAGCACUUGCAUUAUUUACAUAACAAGUACACGUCUUAUGGCUCUGUUCAUGGGAGAAACAGCACGGUGAAUAUUUAACAUUAUUAUCAGCCGUGACAUCUACUGUCACUUUCCGAUUACUACAAUCCUCACAAACCUUGAUAAUCAAAUCAAAGGUAGGAAAGCACUGAAGUGUUGUUUUGGUCAUUUUACUUUUGUCUGUCUCACAGCCAUACAACGGGAACGAUCCUUUGAAAGAUGGACCGUUUUCUAGUGACCAGACAUUCAUAUUUUGAUUCAGAUCAAACAUCUUGAAAACUUGAAUUGAAUCUUUCCAAUGCUCUUCUAUGCAUGUUCUUUUGGUCUGCUUUUUAGUCUUUAGUUCACAGAUCAUUUAAAUGUUACGUUUUUUAGUUUUUUUUUGGGAUGCCAAAUCUUGUGGAAGGUGGAAGGUAAUAUUGAAAUAGAAUUACGCAAAGAGAUUAUCCAAACAAAGUGACUUAAAGAGGAUAAGACUUAUUCUCAUGACUUUAAUUGUCUAGUUCUGUGCUCCGGUCGUUCUCUGAAGCACAGAAUGUUUUUUUUUUUUUUUUUUUUUUUUUUUUUUUUUCUUUCUCUCUCACAGUGAUCUCUUGUGCUUAGCCUCUGUAUCCAUGCCUUACUUUACUAAGCUGAGCAGCUGUGUCAAAUACAGUUCCCUUUCAUACCUUAAAUACAGGAUCAGUUCCUUUCUGUUUGAUUUCUUUCCAAAGUUGAGAAUAAGAUUAAGAUAUUGCUAUGUUUUACUAGAAAACAUUAUAUUUUUGGAAACAUAUUAUUAUUUACUUUCUUACGGAGAUGGAAAGAUUUGCAGAAACAGCAGUGUAAUAUUUGUAAUAGCAAUGGAAUGGUUAAAAAAAAUCAAACACGGUUUAGUUUCGGCUUUGGUUGCAGUUAACUUUCUAUAAAAUAUCCAAUACUGGUGAAUUCCAUGACGGUUAGAUGCCCAUUUUCAUUUAUAGACUUAAGUCAUAUUCAAGUAAUAAUAUUUCACAGUAAAUGGAAGUUAAAAUGCUGUCCUUCUGUGAUAGAUUUGUCAAAUCCCAGCUUGAAGUAUGGAUAUUUAGUAGCUUCCUUUUUUUCAAAAAAAAAAAAAAAAAAAACGAUCACUGCUUACUUUUUCUUCAUACUUUCCCCAGGUCUCAGAAACUUUCAGAAAUGCAUUUAGCUCUCUGUUCGAUGGGAUUUAGGUUGAAAGUUUUUAAUCUAAUGUGGCAGAAAUUGGAAACUGUAUUUUCUUUCUUCUUUGAGACCCUGUUCAAUUUAAUUUUGACGAAAUGCCAAUGCCAGUGGACACUGUUACAGCAAGAUCAAUAAAAGUACCUUGAUAUCA